UACCUUUGGGAUUCGAGGGAGUCUACUGGUCGACUUAAGAGUAUUCUUGCUAUUCCUGAGGCGGAGCGUGAGUGGAGUGAUUUGUUGUCUGAAUCGAGUCUCCGUCAGAGUUCUUUGUGGCGCUCUGUUGAAAAACUCCCUGAAGGUAUUCCUCUUCUACAGAGUCCUGAUAAUCCUCGUGUUGUGUUUAUCAAGAGAAGUUUAGAAGUCUUGGGAUAUACUCCCAAUUUUUUGACUGAAUUGACGACAAGUGAGCGGUUGUUUGCAGACGUAGCUAUGUCCCGACCCUUUACACUUCCUCUAACCGGUUCCAAUGCCUUGGAACGUUUGCGUCAAGCAAAGAAAUCGUCCGUUGGGAGCUCAGAAGCUGAUAGAGAGGUUGUCGUGCCUCCGGCUGAUCCCCCUGUUUUGACGCGGAGUCAGACGAAAAAAAAAGAAGAAGGCUGUGCAGGAUGAUUCUUCCGACCCAUUUAGCGACACCGUUGCCCUUUCGUUCCCUUCCAAUGCUGCGGCCUAUAGUGAGAUUGGGCCUCACUUAGGAGAGAUUGAUAAGUUGUUGUGGCCCGAAGAUGAUCACAGAAUGGAGCAGGUUGGUACGGAUGGGUCAAUUGAUACCACUGUUUCUCAUUUGUUCCAGGGUUUGCAAGGGGUCAUUUGGCUGAAGAAGAAAAUCAAGCCCUUAAUGGCAACUCUAAAGGAAGUAAGGAGUCAGAGAAAUGAUCUUCGGGGUGAAGUUAGUCGGCUGAAAGAUUCCAAGAAGGAGUCUGAUCAACUCAUAGCUGAUUUGAAGGCUCAACUGGAAUCCAAGGAAGCUGAUGUCGAGAAGCUGAGAGUGACUCUUGGUCAAGUUGAUGAUUUGAAAGCCGAGGUUGCUUCGUUGGAGAAUCGGAUGUUGGUCAUUGGGCUGGAGGCUGAGAUCCAAUGCCGUGGCGUAAUGGCCAGUGAGUUUCGGGAUGGUAAGGCUGAUAGCUGGGAUGUUCCCAAAUACAUUGCUGAUCUUGAGGAAUUGGAGAAGAUGAGGGCUGAAGAGAUAACCCGGGCCGAAGAGUUAGCCACUUCUUUUGGCAUCAUGACUACUAAUGAUCUGGUUGUGGAUGACUGAUUCCUCUUCUACUCGUGUUCAUUGUCGUGGGAUAACAGAGUUUGUCGGGCCUUUUCUAGUUGUUGUAUGAACUUUUUCUUAUGUAGUAUUGUAUCCUGAUCUAACUGACCUAGUUUUGUUGUA